AUGUGUCAGCGAAGCGCCGGCGAGGAGCGGUGUCGAAGGCGUAAUAAAAGUGUCGCGGACAAAAAAGGCCCGGAGUGCAGCGGCCUGCGCUCGAGGCAGGUAGAAGCGGCGAGCGGGCUCAAAGCGCCGCCGACCUGGGUGGCUCGCCGACGCCGUCGCACGUCUCAAUCCGCACCGGCCUGUCGGCCAUACCGCCUUUCCUUUUUCCCCUACCGCAAUGCAGCUAUGUGUCGUUUCCGCUUUAUUUUUUAUGAUCACGCUCUGCAGCGGAGAGCUAUAGUGCGCUCCCUCUAA